GGGGACGGAUUGAAGCGAAAUGUGAAUUAAAAUGGUUUGUGCAAUGUUUACAUGCUUCUUCCAUGACCAUUCCCUCCUUUCACUACUCCUACAAAACCCCUACUCUACCAUACGUCCUUCUCCAAUACUCUCUCCUCCAGUUUUCUCACAAUGGGAAUUAUUAGAAGCUUUACAACUAUCAUUCUCUUCUUCUUCCUUUUCGCUUCGUCUUUAUCUAUGGCGGUUUACGAUGUCGAUUACCGUGGCCCCGAAACGCAUACCAGCAUCCCCAGCGGCACCCGGCGCCGGAAUGUCAUUCAUCACCACAAAAGUCACAAAUUUUCCAAGACCACAAAAACCGCUCCUAGCAAUGGAAAUAUUAUUGGAAAGAAAUAUCGUUAUUGAGUUGGGGGAUCAACGUCAUCAUCAUGAAGAAGAAGAAAAUGUACCGGAUAUGAUGAAGUUGAGGGACUAAGCUUGUGGAUUUGCUUUUGCAGUGAUUUACAUAUAUAGAUCAUAUCCACAUGUAUAUCAGGGAAAUCACACUAUAUAGAUGCUUGGUUUACGGAAUUUUACUCUGUCCGUCCCCUAUUUAAGUUCUUGGGAAAACUGUCAAAUAGGUCCUCGAACUUUCAUAAAAAAGUCAAUUAAGUCCUUCUAUAGGAGACUCUGUCUGGUCGUCGCGAUUUGGGGCGGUUCCCGGUGGAAUUUUUUGAUGAAAUUUUAUGAGCAUCUUAUUCAUCAAGUCUAGUUUACUCAUACCAAAUUUCAGCUAAAAAUUUAAUCGGGAGCACAUCCAAAUUAAUUCGAGAACGCAAAAAUGCGCAGUUACCUUCAAGAAUUAAUUUGAAUGUGUUCCCGAUUGAUUUUUUAGCUGAAAUUUGGUAUGAGUAAAUUAGACUUGGUGAAUAAGAUGCUCAAAAAAUUUCAUCAAAAAAUUUCACCGGGAACUUCCCCAAAUCGCGACGGCCGGGCAGAACCUCCUAUAGAAGGACUUAAUUGACCUUUUUAUGAAAGUUGGAGGACCUAUUUGACAGUUUUCCCUAAGUUCUUAUUUCCUUUUUGGAUGUUAUAAACAUGUUCACACUUUCUUAUUUGACAAAGAAAUUCACACCAAAACAGUGCAAAGCAGUGCCAAAACAGUGCAAAACAGUGUCACAACAGUAUACUCUAUAGUAAAUUUACCCCUC